UUUGCACCUGUACCUCACUGUACUUGUGCCCACGACAACAAACCUGACCAGGUCCCAGACUCUGUGAGGACUGAGGGAACAGGCGGGCACGUCCCUCAGAGAGGGGCAUCUGCUGACGGGACCCCGCAGAGGAGGUUCACUGGGGGCAGUCAGGGCGCCGUCCCGUCCCGGGUAAUGGGUGUGGCCGCCCGCGGGCCCGAUGCCUGAGCUCCGCCCGCCGACUGUCCCAGGAGAAGGAGAAAGAAGCGGCGGAGGAUUCUGCUACUCACCUACACCAGGGGCAACUCACAGCGGCCUCUCAGCUUUCCAACCUGCACGUCUUUGGGACGUGGGAGGAAACCGGAGCAUCGGGAAGAAAUCCACGGUUACUGGGAGAACGCGCAAACUCCACACAGACAGCACUGGAGGGGAUCUCUCAUACAUGAAGAUGGAGUGCCCACUCUGCGGCCAUGAGUUUCCCAUCACCUUAAUUGAUUACCAUGCAUGGCAGUGCAAUGGACAUAAAGUACCCAAUGAAGGUGCAUCAACCCAGGAAAAAGCAGCGUCAAGUGAUCAAAUCCAAGCUACUAAUAAUCAGCGGGCAGCCUGUACCCCCGACCUCUGGCACUCUGGUGAAGAAGGAUCUGCUUUCUCAUCAGAAACAUCGGUAGUUCCAUACUCUGGUACAGAAAGGUCCCAGGAAGCAGAAGAGUGCCCCUUGUGCUUUUGUUCUUUCCCUGCUGAUCUAAUACUAGAACAUGCAGCAUUCUGCAAUGGUCCCAGCUGCAGUGAGCCCUGGCGGCGAGGGAUCUAUGGAUACACUGAGCCCCGGGAGCAAGGCAUCUGCGGAUACACUGAGCCCCGGGAGCGAGGGAUCUGCGGAUACACUGAGCCCCGGGAGAAAGCGAUUCCUAGCUGCAGUCAAGAUCAAGGCAGAGGUGUCCUGAGUGAGGUUACCAGCAACAUCAUGCAAGCAUUUCAUAGCUACAUCGAUGGAAAAGACUCAGUGGUUCCGAGAGCAGCGACUUGUAGUGUGGAGUCCGGGAGCAGACGGGAAGAGAAUGAAACUUCACAGAACGUACAAAAGGUGUUACAAUAUUUUAAGACAGUGGAGAAGCAGUUAGACAAGGAUGCUGAAUUUAAUAAAUUGUUACUCCCUCUCCUAAAGGACAGCAAGCCGCUGGAAAUUCUGCAGUCGUUGGUGAAAGGCUUAUUCAGCAAAGAAAACCUCACAGGCGUUACCCCAUUCGCCCUUUUCUUCUACCUGUCAAAACUAUUUUUGCCGAGAAUCUUGGAAGUGGAAUCUUUGGCUGCUUUAAUGAAAUGGUUGGAAGUAUUUAUCCCCGAGGUGGUGGUUCCAUGGAUCUCCAAGAUGGGCGGUUGGGGAGUUGUACUUUGUGCUCUUGGUGCUCUCCUAGCGAGUGGUCUGCUGGUGGGUUUCACAAUGCUACUUAUGAAAUCCAAAUCAAAUAAAUAAAUGAGCCCCCAUGAACAUCCCCGAGCCAUUGAUGACUGAUGCCCAGUCCAACACCCAAAGUUCAGAAACGACUUUCAAGGAAAUCUUCAUCAGGAAGGAUUCUCGAUGGCCAUCGUCUGUGCAAUGGACAACAGAUUUUCAGAUGUAGGCCACCAAGUGAUACUUCCGCACGUCUGCUGGUCAGAAUACUUUCCAACUUGUGAGGAACUAGCUUGUUUUUUCCCGUCGUGGUCAGUAAGAACUCUGCAGAUAAAAUGGUUGGGGUGGGGGAGACGGUAAUGGGUUAGAGCUGGGAUGUAGGAUGGGCGAGGGAGGAGGGAAAAGGCUGGGGCAGAAAUGAGCAGGAGAAAGGAAAGAGAUGGAGGGGGGGGGGUCAGUGUUGAGUGGGGGUUGAGGUGAAGGUGAGGAGGAAGAGCAGGAACAGCCAGUGGAUGCUGCUCUGCCACUAUACCGAUCCAUUUGUCAGCCUCAAACCCCUCUUCCCUCCAAUCUCCAUGAUCCCCAAUUCCGCUAUCAUCCAGGAACAUCUCACACAGAGCGUACCCACAGUGCCCGGUGUCCCUGGCUCUCUGGACCACAGCAUUCCAAAUAUUAAAGUGCCUGCAGACUCCUGACCCCCUAUUCUGAGAUUCUGCCCCUUAUUUCUAGAUUCCCCACCAGGGGAAAUAUCAGCCCAACAGCUCCCAUGUCAAACCCCUCAGCGUCUGGUCUUGUCACCUCCUGUUCUAAACUGCAGAGAGUGCAAGCCCUGUUUACUCGAUCCAUCCUCGUGAGACAAUCCCUUCGUGACAGGACUCAACAUAGUGAACCUUCAGAGAGCAAAACCAAGUGUAGUCUCACUAAAGUGGUAACAAUAUUCCCCUACUUUUGUGCUCCAUCCUUUACCCAGCGAAGGCUAACUUUCCGCUUGCCUUACCGAUUACUUGCUGCAUCUACGUUCUUUCACAAUUUCUUAUACACAGACUUCCAGAUCUCUCUGGGCACAUCAUUUAUUAGUCCCACACCCUUUAAGUGGCAUUAAGUGACUCACUCAACCUGUCUGCCUGCUUUUGCAGAAUCCUUGCAUUGUCAUCUCAAUUUAACUUUCCAGCUGUCUGUGUAUCCUCUGUGACUUCGGAUGCAAUGUACUCAGUCCCUUUAGAUAAGCUGCUAAGAUAAACCAUAAGUAGCUGAGAUUGCAUCACUAUCAUAUCACACUUUACCAGUCUAAAAAUGACCCAUUUAUCCCUAUCUUCUGUUAGUGAGCCAAUCCUCUAUAUACUCGAAUAUUAGCCUCAAUAUGAUGAGCCCCUAUCAUGUGGAGGAAUCUUUUAUCAAAUCCUGUUUGGAAAUCCAAAUAGGAAGCAUCACUGAUGACACAAAAGUGAUGAAUGAUGGCAGUUUCUUAGGUAUGAAGAGAGAUUAGCUAACAUGGGUUGUGAAAUUAGGUUAACAGAUAUAACAGUAGGUAAAACAGUGGCUGAUAAUUAAGAAAAUACUUCAUUAUUAAAUGACACAUGCCAUUGCGGGAUAAAGACUCCACAGGAACAUGGAUCUGUCGGUCUCUAACUAAAGCAGUUAAUGAAGAUUGAUAAAAGGAUAAAGGUUCCUAUUUUCUCCAUCUUUAUCAUUUUAUUUUGCUGAUUUCCAAGAUUCUCCCAGUCCUCAGGCCUAUCACUGUUCUUCAUAACAUAGCAUUCAUUUCUUACCAUCUAACACCACUGCACCCUAAGUUAAGAAGAGACAUAAUUGGAUUGAUGGGAUUGCUGUGAGAGCUGGCAUAGACUCAAUGAGUGGAAUGUUUUCCUUCUACGUCACAAGAAACUACGAGAAAAUAACUGCUUUAGUUAACCAUUGAUAGAUCCACUUCCGCAUGAAGUUUUUAUUCCUCAAUGGUAUGCCUUUCUCGGGAAUAAUAAAACAUUUAUUUAAUUCUUCACAAGUAAUAAAUUGCCCUUAUCUUUGUUAUAAUGCUCCUUGAUUACACUCUCUACAACAGUAGAGAUGCUAUUGGUCGGCUGAUAGCCAGCUUCCACCAAUGAUUUAUUUGUUGUUCUCUAUCUCCUCUUGAACUAAUUCUGCUUUCUGAACCAAGAUCAUUUGCCACUACUGUCCUAACAUCAUCCUUUAUAAUCAGGGCACUUUUCGAUUCUGCAUAUCCCCGGAAUGUCCUAACAUUGGUCACUUUGCAACCGUGUCUCUGUGAUGGUUGCCUCUUCUACCUCUGCUUACACAACCAAUUCACCUAUCUUGUUAUGAAUGCUUCAUACACUUAUAUAAAGAACUUUUACUUCUGACUUUUACCACCUUGGCUGCCUUGGGUUACAAAUCAUAUGCUCCAACCUUUCCUGUAACUCUGUGCUUAUCAUUAGCCCUAAUGCCAUACUGCACUGUCACUUCUCUUUAACUCUCCCCUUGCCCGAAUCCUUCCUUCCCACCUCCCCAUUAUUUAGUUUAAUACUCCAUGUGUGGCCACUUUGCUAGGACAUUGAUCACAGCAUGAUCCAGUAGAACAGCUCCCUCUUUCCCCAGUGUGACUACCAAUGAAUUAGGCAACUAACUCCCUCAGCAGUCUUUGAAUCAGGGACUAAACCCUCUAUUUAACCCUCUGCCAGUUUACAAGUGGCUCAUCCUUGUGGUUUUGCUUGUUAAUUUAACCUUAGCAGACCUUCUUCCUUAAUCCUACCUAAUGAGGACCACGUCAGCUCAAUCCUUCCCCUGCUUCCUCUCCAGUCCUGAGACGAUGUCUUUAACCUUGUCACAGGGCAGGCAAAACAGCCUACAGGGCUUACAUUUCCAUUGCAGAGAUCUAUCCCCCUGAGUAUAUUGUCCUGUGGUGUCUUGAUUCGUCAAUGGUACGUGCCUUAUUACUUCUUUCAUAGGAUGGCCCCCGUGCUGUAAUCACUUCGCUCUCUCUGUUCUCAUUCACACGAGAGCCUCAUACCUAUUCAACAAGUACACAGGCUAAGGCUCCUCCAACACCAUCUGCUGGGUCCCCAUUCUGACCCUUCCAGAUCCUCCUGCCUCUGACCACUGCCCAACUGCUACCUAACCCACGGAAGGUGAUUCAGGACUUUCCAACACCUGAAGCACCACAAAACCCACGACUCAAGACUCCAGCUCAACGACCCUGAGCCAAAGAUGCCGAUACUCACUAAUCAUGUCAAUGGGAUUAGUGGAGAUGGGUGCAACAGUCAGUACGGACUUGAUGGGCCGAAGGGCCUGUUUCUGUGCUGAACAAUUCUGCUGAGGAACUCUUUGAUCUCCAUCAACUCCCACAGGUUGGAGCGACAUCGGCUGCCCUGCGCUCCGCAUCCUGAUGUACAUAUUCAAUCGGCUUUCAUUUACUUGAUAUCCAGUUUGUUUCACAGCUAAUUAAACAACAUUAAAUAAUUCACUCCACGUUUAUCUACCUCUAGGUAAAACACCUUGCCUUAUAUCAUGCCCUGGAGAAAAUUUAAAUACUUUCUGCCUUAAAUUGAUGUGAAACACUACAAGCAAAGCAAUAGCACCCUCCCACCACCACUUCACCAAUAUUCCUGUGCUCCUUAGGUUCUGUUGCCAAGAUGGUAUUCCAACGACAGGGGACGGGUUAUGGAUGGUCCUUGCUGCAGGCAGUGUCUUUGUGUGGAGGUUGUGACCAGGACCACCAUAUGGCCUCCUGUACAACAGGAGGUCCCGGGAGCAGCACAUGGCCAACUUGGACAAUCUGUCUCUUGUAAUGGUGGACAUUCAUAAAGUCAUUCAGCCCUUCGGCCCAUUGGCUCUGUGUUCACCAUCAACAUCUAUCUACACUAAUCCUCUGGUAAUCCCAGUUUUGUUUUAUUUUCUCCUUACAUUCUCAUCAACUCCCCCUCCGAUUCUACCACUCACCAACAGACUAGGGUCAGUUUACAGCAGCCAGUUAACCUGCCAGCCUGCACACCUUUGGGAUGUGGGAGGAAACUGGAGCACCUGGGGGAAACCCACGCAGCCACAGGGAGAACAGACCGCACCGGAGGUCAGGAUUGAACCCAGGUCUCUGGGACUGCAAGGCAGUGGCUCUGCCACUAUGCUGCCUGUCGUAUGAAGUGAAGUUCGCUGGUGAAAGCAGUACAUAAAAUACAUGCGCUCUGGCAAUGACCCAUUCCUGAAACCUGGUUCAUGUUUGAAAGCACCGUCCUCAAAGUGUGUUUGGAAGUAAUUCUGAAGAUUGCACUUAAGGUCACUCAGACAAAUCAAUCAGAGAUAAAGUUUGUUUUUACAAAGCUAGCUGAUCACAUUUUCUUCUUGGAGAAUAAGCAUUUCCCAUUCCUGUAGGUCAGGAAGCAGAGCACGUUCCUUCCUUGUCCACCCUCGAUGACCAUGGGGGAACCCCUCAAGCUCACGUGCACCCACUUCCAUCUCCCAAACAAGAAUAAGGAGGGCAGUUCAACGAAUUUUCCCCUUGUGGCUGCAUCAGGUCCGUAAAAGAGUUCUGAAAUUGCAGUCGGUGUCAGCAGGAGCCCCAUCCUCACCAGCAGCAUAUCCACGUUGCAUUGUAAAACAAACUGUACAGUGACAACCCCACCAAAACUGUACCCCACUGAUAUAGCAGCAGAGCUGUGCUCACUCCAUGCUACUGCCCAUCUGAAUGUGGACAUGGAUCUGAAGUCUGGGAAAUCAGUUCAACUCAGGCCUGAUACAGUCCUUUGGGUGUCAGGUCCAGUUUGAUUCCUGUCCUGAUGCAGGGUUUUGACCCGAAAUGUUGACGGUUCCUUCCCCCUGCACCCCCCAACACACACACACACAUUGUUCGUUCCUCCAGCAGAUUGUCUGUUGUUGUUCUAUCCGGUUGUAGUUGUUCACAUAAUUAACUGUCAAUUGAUAGGCAGAUGGUUUACAAUAGAUUUCAACUGCUAGAUUCUUUUCUAGUAUUAGUUUAGUUCUAAAUAUGAAUUUAAGUCGUUUUGGAAUGGGAUCAGUUCCUCACUAAUUUUCCCGCAUUCUUCAAACUCCUGCCUCUGUUGAAUUUGCACAUCUUCGAGUAAGUGGCAGAACAUUUGUUCUGCAGAAGUAUCAGGCAGUGACUAUCUCCAACCACCUACCCUUGGCGUUACCAUCACCAAGCCCCCCACCACCAACCCCGUCAGAAAUUCAACUUGAACCAACUACAGGAGCAGGCCAGAGGCUGGGUGUCCUGCAGCUGGCGACUCUUCUCUUAACACCCCAAAGGCUUUCCCCUAUCUACAAGGCACAGGAGGAUGUCGGAACAUUCUCCACCUGCGUGGAUAACGAGCAAGAUUACGCCCUUGUGUAGGAACAAUGGAGACCAUAUUGUGGUGGUGGUGGGAGGGAAAUGGGGGUGAGGUGGACAAGAGCCAGGGAGGGCGAGUAGAAUCGCGAGGAGGGACAAAGACUCUGGUCUCGAACUUUCCCUCUAAUAAUGAUUGAUUGUAAACUGAGUGAUUAUAGUUCUCAUUCUUGGGAAUUAAUUUAAAAAUGUGUAAUUUUGAUGUCUGGUGAAUAUUUAUGAAAUUUCUGGAAAUGUAGCUUCAGGAUGAUCCUGUAUUUAAUUAUUUAAUUUCUGGGAUGUGGGCAGUACUGGCAGGUUCCCAUCCCCACUUCGAUAGAACCAGUUGGGCAGACAGGUUGUUCCAGACUCUAGUGGGUCUGGAGUCACAUAUUGUCUGGGCAAGGGGAGGAAGGGAGGGUUCCCUCCCACAACAGGAUGUUGGUGAUAAUCCGAUGGCCUCGCCUCUACUGAGACCAGCUUUCUCUUUCCAGUCUUACUUUGAAACCAAAUUCAAGUUCAAGGUAGAAUCCUGGACUGUGGUUCUGAUGCCUGGAUUACCCACCUACGACAUCAUUACUGUACCUGUACUACUGUACCAGUGCUGCCAGGAACAGAAUACCAGGGAGGGUGUCUCUGUGUACGAGGCUGUGGGAGCAGCAUGGAUGAGAAAUAUCUAAUGUUUUAUUGAGAGCACUUCACCUGCCCAAGGUUUGUGGCAGGUUUGUUGGGCAGUGAGGAAUGCAGGGUCCAUACAUAACUGUGCAACUUCACUGGUGAGUUAGUGAAGGACGGUAUUGGCCACCCCCAGGUAACACCACUGUGCCAAAACAAGUGUUUCUUUCUCUUCCACAAGGGCCAGCAUUAACCGUAGUGUUGGAGCCUCUGGUAUCUUCAUAAAGACUGGAACACGAAAGUGCCUUGUCUAGGAC